AGAGUCGCCGGGGAGCGGAGCGGCGCAGGCAGCCCCGAUGCUGCGAGCCGAGGGGGGACCUGCGCGCGCGCUGCAAAGCCCGAGAGCGGGGCAGGGGCAAAGCCAGCGCGGCGCCCGCCGGCUGCUGAGGGGAGAGGAGGCGGCAGAGGCCGGCAGCCGGGGGGGUUGCGCUGGAGGGACUCGGCCGGGGAAGCGAGGGCCACUUGGCGCCCGGAGGGAAGGGGCAGAGCGAGACGCUGGGAUCCCAGCUCUGAAGACCAGGGAGCUGCAAAGGGAAAGUGCCGGCCACGGAGGGGACGCAGACAGGAGCCUGCCGCGAGCUCAGCCUCGAGGAGGCGAAACCUCCGCCGGCUGGGGAAAGCUUUGCAAAGGAGAGAAGAUCAAAGAGCGGGUCAUCCUCGGGUGCCAAGCCGGGGCAGCGAGCCCAGCCCGCCCCACCAUGAGGGGCAAGCGGGAGCCCGGCAAGGGACCAGAGGGGCGCGGUUUGCAGCCGAGGUAGCCUGGGCCAUGCAGCAUCCGGGCGGAGAGAAGCGACUGGCUGAGCCCAAGAGGUGGAAACGUUUGGAGGGAAACGGAGGAAAGUUUCGUAGCGUCAGCCGCCGCCGCCUCCAGUUUGGGGCUGGGGGGGCCGCAGCGCGUGGAGCCGUCUGAUGCUGCGCCCCUUUGAUCUGCCAGGAGGGACUUUAUUUGUCCUGAUGCAAAGGGAGCAUUUUCCCAGCUAAAGGGGGGAAAAAGCGGGGGAGCCUCUGCCUUGGGAUAAACGAGCACCGGGCUCUGGAACCGCCUGAGGGAAAUCACCAGCCCAAGUGACUCGGGGGGGGGGGGGGCAGGGAAGAGGAGGAAAAGAAAGCAGCGUGCGAAAAGGGGCAGAAAAGGGGGCGGGGGAGGUGAAGCCCUCUCCCUCGGCUCUUCCUUUCUCCUUUCCCCCUGCAAAUCUUCCCAGAGGGAUCCUUCAGCAUCGGUGGCCCAGGCACCGGAGCCCAGGAAGGGCAGCUACAUCCAAACGUGAUCAGCAAACUGCACGAGAGAUCAGAGGGCCAACCCCCCGCCAGAGGCGAGUCCCCGGGAAGCCAGGCCUCGGGGGACUGUCGGGAAUCUCUCCCCCACUCUCUGAGCGGCUCUGGGCCCUGCCAGGGGCACAACAAUACAGGAGCAGAAGGCUGGAAAGAGGAUUGCAGUUUUCAUCGGCACUUCUUGAUCCUCCCUCUCCUACUCCUUCAGGGACUGAUUUUGUAAUAUUAGCAGGCUGGACUGGGGGGCGGGGGGUGCCUGGCUGCUUGCCUUGCCUGGGCGUGGAGAGGUGGGCUAGCGGGGAGGGCGGAGGAAGAGAUGUCUGGGAUCCGAGGGAAAGUUGUGCUUAUCCUAGGCUUCGUCUUUCUGACAACUCUUCUGGCGGCGGUGAGAGGGCUUCCCCUGAGGAAACAACGCACCAGCAGCCCCCGGGAGCGGAGUCCCAAGCUGAUGGAGGUCUCCACUUCAUCUGACACCCAUUUGAUGCAGGAAGAGGAAAUGCCACAGUCCAACAAGGUUCGGAGCCUGAGGCGAAGUGGGAAGGCUGGACCUCGCAGGCACAAACGCCGAUGGUCGUCCCAGCGGGCUGCGAGGAACCAGCCAGUGCCGCUCUGGCCUGGCGGCGCUAGCAAGGAGGAGAGCACACCCUUUGUGCUGGACUUACAGAACCUGCCAGGGUUGGCCAACGUUGACCUGAGUGCCCAGAACCCAAACAUACAGGUAACCAUCGAGGUGGUGGAUGAUCCCCAGGCUGAGAUAGAGAUGGAUUUGCUGAAGGAGACCAGCAAUGACUGGUCCCUGACCUCCUCUGAGUGGUUGUCCCACAAGGACCUCUUCUGGCCCCUCUUCUGGGAGUACACGGAUCCCACUGAGGAAGAAGAGGAGGACGAGGAUGACAGCUUGGACAGAGAGGAGGAGGAGGAAGAUUAUACAGCAGAAUAUGAGGAAGAGGAGGAGACAGUGCUGAGCGGAGUGGGAGGUGACUGGGACCAGAGGUGGUCAAGUCAGAAGAACUGGAUCUUCAAGGAAAAAUAUAAUUAUGACUAUGAAGAUGAAGAGGAGUGGAGCUCUUGGUCCCCCUGCAGUGUGACCUGUGGUAGCGGCAACCAGAAAAGAACCCGAUCCUGUGGCUAUGCCUGCACAGCCACCGAGUCGAGAACCUGCGACCUGUAUCGCUGCCCUGGAGCAGAUGGGGAGAUGGUCUUCACCACUGACGAGACGCCAUUUGAGGGUGAGAACACCACAGAGAUGUUCAACUCAGAUGUGGACAGCUGUGAGAAGUGGCUGAACUGCAGGAGCGACUUCCUCACCAAGUAUCUGAGCAAGGUGCUGACGGAUUUGCCCAGCUGUCCCUGCUCCUACCCAUUGGAGGCUGUUUACAGCGCUGUGAAUCUACGGGACGAGGGCCAGGGCAAGAACUUCCGCUGGCGGGAUGCCAGUGGGCCCAAGGAGCGGCUGGACAUCUACAAGCCCACGGCCCGCUUCUGCCUGCGCUCCAUGCUCUCCUUGGACAGCACCACGCUGGCUGCCCAGCACUGCUGCUACGAUGAGCACACAAAGCUCAUCACCCGGGGCAAGGGGGCAGGUGCCCCCAACCUCAUCAGCACGGAGUUCUCCCCGGAGCUGCACUACAAGGUGGACAUGCUGCCUUGGAUUCUGUGCAAGGGGGACUGGAGCCGGUACCAUGCUGUUCGGCCCCCCAACAAUGGGCAGCAGUGCGCUGAUAACCCCACUGAGGAGGAGUAUCUCUCCCAGCUGCAGGAGGCCAAGGAGUACUAGCAGAGCUCGGCUGAGUGAUCGGGGAGCAGGAUGUGGCAGGUCCACUACGUAACACUCCAGGAGCACCAGGGGGCCUGUUUCUCUCUCCACCGCAGUGAGGGCCUGCAGGCCACAGAGGCUCUGGAGUCAUCCCCUGCUUGUCACUCCCUUGGAACAACGCAGUCUGGGGGAGAGGCAGAGCGCUUGGCCUUACACGCAAGCUCCCUGUUGGUGCCAACCACAGGGAUUGGUUUUAAAUCUGUCUUUUCACAGUGGCAUCCCAGUUCCUUUCCAGUUUCCAAGGGACCCAGGUGAUCCUUGCUGCCUGAUUGGCCCCAGGGGUGCUGUUCUCACUCCAGCUACUUCUCUGUGGAUAGCACAGGAUCCAUGCGGGUGACAGCUAGAGGCAAUGGAAAGCAGUGGCCUCUGAGGGUGGGGGUGCAUAAAGGGAAAGGGCGCAGCUCCUGUUACUUUUCUAUGAAGUGUUAAUUGCAAUCUCACAAGGAGCUCAGGGGUUUACGGUGAACAUUCUUGGCUUCUGUUUGCUUCAUGUUGCAGCUGGGCUAGUGGAGUUUAAUACACCAACCAAAACUUGCUGUUAAGGCAAAGAGUCAGCAGCUUUAUCAGAGACAUCCGACCAGGCAACGGUAUAAACGCCUGCCUUAGCAGGUACUGGGUCUCCUCUAAAAGGAGGAGUGAGGAGUACGGGGUGGAGUCUCCCGUGGAUCUUACAGUUCAGACUUGGAAAGAAAGAGACUGGGAAAGGCCCACAUGGUGUUCCCUAGGCUCUUGUGGCUGGGGAAUGGGGUAGUGAUGCGGGUGCUGGGAGCUAUGUGAAAACAUGCCCUCUUCACAGAGCUAUUGAGAAUAAGGCACACCUGCUGCCAGGGCCGGGGGCAAAUAGGAACAAACAAGAUCUGGUCUCCACCCAGAGGAGAAGGAAAAGGAAAUGAUCCAAUAUCUGUGUUUAACACCUUGUCCUCACUUCAAAGGGAAUGGGAUGUGGGGAUUGGUAGAAGUUGCAUCAGCAGCCCAUAUGGACACUUGGAUCUCCCUGGCAGGUCAGUUCUCCUGGUGCAUUGUAGUGUUGAGGAGUGUCCUUCCAUCAGAUGGUAUCCACCCACUCUCUUCCUCAGCUCUGCAGAGUGCAGGAGGCAGUCCUGCUGUUUGUGUCUUCACAACGAUGUGUAGAAAGCACCCAAGUCAAAGGAAUCUCUCUGCAAGCCCACACCCUGCCAGGGUGACCAGCUAUGACCAGGGCUUUUGCCCCUGGGGCUGGCCAGUGGUUUUGACACUGUAAGACCAUGUGGAGAUGGGAGCUAGACUCCCGCAUGUGGAUGCUUGCACCAUUGCUGGGUUUUGCCCCUAGAGAGGCUGCAGCCUUAGCCAAUGUGUCUCCAUUGUGCCCCCCCCCCACACACACUGGGGGAGAGCGAGUGUGAUGGACUAGGCCACUCCCUGCAACUUGGCAUCUGGUUAGAAAGAGCAGAUCGGCAUCCGCUCUGUUUCUCUCUGGGCACCUUCAAGGCCAGGUCCCCUUUCCCUCUCUCCCCACUGUCCCCAGUUAUCUACUAGUCCAGUCCCCUGCGUUCCUGCCUGCCCAGCCAUCUCCCUAGCUUUAUCCCUCUCUUCUAGCAGCAAUAGGGAGUGGAGAAUGUUUGGAAGAACAGCAGCUACUGAGUGGGAGGCGCUGGUGUCCUGGAUAGUCACUCCCUGCCCUUGCCCUCAGCAUGUUUUCAUUUCCAGGCUCUUGGGGAAUGGUCAUUGAUUCCAAUCCAAGAGUCCCAUCCUACUGGGGCGAGAAGCAACAUAGGACCCAGCCAAAGGUGCAUGCUUCACCCUCCUGUCACCUCGAUUAAGAACUCGCCGACCAGGGCCCACAAGCCUCUCAUGGACCUGUCUGCUGCUGGGGAUGCUCUCUUGUGGCUGAAGCCCAUCCUGUGGCCAGUUCCUGUGGAUUAUUUGAGGAAGCUGAGGUAUGACCCAUCCCCUUAAGGUUCUUGUGCCUUGCCCACUGCUGACUGACAAGUGCAUGGUGAGCUGGAUCACAGUGUGGCAAUAGCAACAUCUAGUGGUCCCCUAGGGAAAUGGCAAAUGUCAUUCCUAGGAAAAGCUCCAGGCCCAGCAUCUUACGAGGGGCGUGGGGUCCAAACAGGUGAUGGGAAUAAACCACUCACCACUGGGGGGCAGAAAUGUCACUUCCUUCCCAAAUGGUAUCUUCUGCCCAACCCCCUGAAAUGAGGCAGCCCAGCCCCACCUCAUUAGGGAACCAGCAGGUAUGGCUCAUAUAUGCUCUGCCCCUCCGCUUCAGGCUCACUGCUCUGCCUAGGCACCCUCUGUCCGUGACCCUGGGGCUCACGAGCCCUGUUUCAAUCCAUUCCUGCCCAGGAUCUACUGUAGGAGUGAGUAUAGUGGGAUGAACCACACGCUGGUAGGUCCCAAGAGCUGCGCCACCCACCUCCUUAAAACUAUUAAAAAAAAUACACAGACACAAAUUGGACAAGGUAACAUCAGGGACAAGGUGAGACGUUCAUCUCCUAUGACAAAGGAACCGUGUCAAGUGUUUUAAUCCCCAAAUCUGACCCAAGUAGCUAGGGAGGAAAGACCUCCAAAUGCUCAGUACUUUAUUUUCUCCGUCCAUCAUACCCCCCCACUGCCGAGAACUGAAGGAACGCUGUUUUCCUGACCCAAAAGCUGUCACAGAGAGUCUACCUAGUAGGAGUGCAGGGUACUUACUUGCCCUACAUCCAGAGUAGUGUCAUUUCCAGCAGUGGCAAUCUGACAGCAAGACAGACGUGCAAGGAGGCAGAGCUGGUUUGUCCAAACUCAGCUGGCUGCAGGCCAGGGAGAACUGGGAUUUGACUAAUGCAAAAUAGAUACAGAGUAGGAGGAAAUGCACAGAAUAAAAAAUCUGCAUGGGUGCCAUCCUAGUGGUUAUCUUGGGUGUCUCCAGAAUGCCUACUCACAUGACUCGGUGCCUUGCCCUGGCUUUCCAGCUCUCCCCAGGUCCACGUUGGCCUAUGGUAGCUUCCAGCACCCAACAUUCCCAUGGUUUUGACCAAGAGCCAAGACACAAAUGUCUCUUCUGCUGCCUCCCUCGGGGUCUUUAUUUCUGGGUACCCAGCAGCUUAACCUAACAGGCAACAGUUCAGAUCAUCCUAAAUAAAACAACAUUUAUCUGGCAGAGGAAAUAAAGAGAAAAUCAAGGGAAUCUGACAAAGAAUAGGAUCAUGGCCACACUAAGAUUCCAACAAGCACAGCUGGUUAAUCAGACUUUGCUGCAGAAUAUCGAUCAGUCAGGAUAAAACCCUUCAUUGGCAGAAGGUCUGUAUAACUGAUCGCUGUGCAUUGUUUCCUCAUUGUCCCAAUAUCUUUCUCUAGGGUCAGGGAGCACCCAGUCUGUCAGCUCGCUCUCUCUCCAACCCUUCUUGUAAUCGUUGAACCUUUCACUUCUGGACCAUUGUGUUCAAGUCAUCAGUCACCACGUGGAACGCUGUCACUAGUGAAACACAAACCAGUGGAUUUGCCAAGCUACCACAUAUUGGAUUAUUAUUGUUUAAUAAUUAUAGUUCCUUGAUAUGCACAGACCCCGAUUAGCAUGGGAGCCCCAUUGUGAUGAGCACACUGCAAACCUAUAUCCAGACCUGCCCCAGAGAACUUACAGGUUAUGCUGACAAGUGACAUAUGAAAGGUGGGGUGAGAGCUAGAGACAAAAAGACAUUAACGGUAGAUAAACUAAGGGCCAGCUAUAUUCUCCCUGUCCUUUAAACCACCGCUUGUUGGCUGGUCUCUCAUCGACUUUGUGACAGAAGUGGGUCGUAAGGAGGUGAGGGCAGUGGUCGAUGGAUCAGUUCUGGGACAGCAUUCUAUGUGUAAGGGGCAGUGUGGAAGAAGACUUGGAGACAUUUGUGUGUGAAGCAGAUGAAUGGGCGGGUGAAGUUGUCAGUCAUUGGUGGAAGGAAAAGCACAUUAUCCCUUGUCAUUCCCCAGUCUCUCUUCUUAUUGCCUCUUGCACAUCAAAUGCCAUUGGCCCACUUCAGAGGACUCUUGAUCUAAUGUAAUGGGAGGAAUCUUUUUAGCGUCAGUACACAGUCUAUCUGCUUCUUAAAAAAAUGUCCUUUUAAACCUUGCUACCUUUCAAAAAGAUACAGAACUUCCUAGGUGGGGUUUUCGCAUAUAUCCCUUCUGGGAUGAGGGCUUCGGGAUGUUCUCCAGCUUCUUCCCUAGGCUAAGAUGCCAGUGAAUAAGUGACCUCCUUAUAGUAAGGUCUGUUGCAUGUUAAUAACAUCCUGACUCAUGGUUAGUCUGAAUUUAUCAAUCUGCAUAAUCCCAGAAAUGAUGCUAUAAUUCCUGUAACACACACAGUUCCUAUCAGGGGGCUGGUGGGAACUUUCAUAGGAAGGGAUUGCUAUUGAAACCUCCUGGGAUGCUGAGUGGCUAUUCUGCCUCCCUGGUUGGGGAAUUCAGGAAACAUAGACAAGAAUAGAAAUAUGAGGGGCAAGAAGCAGUGCUGCUCCUCACACAAGCACCUUACCCACCCAGGAAGCUUUAUUGAGCUACGCUAGGAAGAGCAGAUGUUUGGGCAAAGGUUUAUUUUUAUAUCCCAAUAAACAGAUUCUGUUGAGCCACAAUUAUUAGAGUUCUUUGUCUCCACCUCCCUUAAUUAUAUUGUUUAUAUAUAUAUAUAUAUAUAUAUAUAUAUAUAUAUAUAUUUCUUUUACUCCUACCAAAUUGCAUAAAGGGGGAUUCUCCUGCAUUCUGACUUGCAAUAAAGCACUUUAUUUAAAAUGUAUGUGUUGUUACUGAUAUUGUUCAGUUGUGUUAAGUUGUAUAUUGCUGAGUGGGUUAGUUACAUUUUAAACAGAAAUGGUGUUGAAUGCUGCAUAAUUUGGGUCCCUGUUCAUAGCUGGAUUGUAAGGAGCCAGACAAAUUUGCUGACUUUCUUCUCUCUCUAUUGUUUGUGUUUGAUAGGGAUGGGCGAACCUCAAAUAGCUCAGAGCCGAGAUACAACCACAUGGUUCAGAUGCUGCUGUGAACCUUGCAGGCUGCAAAUUCCAGGUGCUCACCCUCUCCUGCAGGAAGCCCACAGCAGCCUUUCCUGUGACAUUUUUGGCACUCCUGUGCCCAGCAGAAAUGGGAGAAAAGAGGGGGUGUGGAAACCAGGAUGCCUUUAGUUGCUUUCCAAAUACGACUGGAAUUUUCAAAACUCAAAGGCUUGUGUUGGGAGGGGCAGGGGAGGAAGGAUCAAGGCAGGUUUUCAUUUGAGCCGGUUCGUCCAUCCCUAGCAUGGUAAUGUUUGGUUCCCUUGUACAGUAUUUAUUGUUUGUGGUGGUCACAGUUGCUUAAGAAAUGGGAAAGUAAUUCUGGUGGAUGGGGCUGCACUGUGGAGCUGUGUUGUGUAUCUGAACUGAGAGCAGAGGCUUUACCGAAAGAGAAGCAAUAGUGCACACGUCUCUUACCAAUAAAAUUUAUUGUUAUUACAA